AUGUCCACUGUCGAACUAUUCAAUCUCACAACUCUGCCUCGUCAAUCAGCAGCACUUUACUCAACAAGUAGAGAUAACAUUAAGUUCCAUGUACCAAGAGAUAAGAUUGAUUUCCAAUUCUCAAGGUCUAGUGGACCAGGUGGACAGAAUGUCAACAAGGUCAACACAAAAGUAGAAGCAAGAUUCAAUGUCAACCAGGCCGAUUGGUUGUCAGAUCAUUGCAAGGAUAUGCUCUACUCAAACUACCGCAAUAACAUAAAUAGUGCAGGAGAGUUCGUAAUCAAUUCGUCCAAGUAUAGGGAGCAGAAGCUUAACCUGCAUGACUGCAUCGAGAAACUGGAGAGGAUACUACUAAAGUCGUCGAUCAUCCCAAAGGAGAGGCUGCCCACCGAUGUACCCACCUACGCCCAGGAGAGGAGGAAGAAGGAUAAGAUGUUUCGUUCUGACAUCAAGGCUGGACGAGGCAAAGUAUUCAUGAACGACAGCUCUGAGUAA